AUGUAUCAGAUGGCUCCUUACAGGCGACAGAAACGAGGUUUCGGGUGGCAAUAUGACAACUACCCGGCUUUUGAUAUAGCAGCAAACUUUGGUGGUGUGGGCGGAUACGGGUGGGAUAGCAGCUUUGACACCCAUUACUACGACCUGCCGGGCACUGUCGAACAGGCAACACGAUCGCAUGUAGAGGCACAAAACGAAUUCGAAAAGGCAAAGGAAAAAUAUGAAGAGGCCAAAAAGAAGUACGAAGAAUGCGAGAAGAAGGGUAUGUCGCAUCCAUACGAACUGCACGCGAAGAUGGGCCUAUCGGUGUCUGGAAUUCCAAGGAGGUGUUAUGAGUGCUUUUGCUUCGUUCUCACCACAAAACCACCCAACAUGACCGAUUAUGCUGCUUCGACUGCUCGCGCGCCUCAACCUUCCAAAACCACAGCUUUAUCUGAUAUACGACCCGCAUAUGAUGAAGUGGAGUAUGAUUCUGAAGCUGAAACUCUGGUUGGGAAUGAGUCUGAUGAUGACGAUAAUGCUCACCUGGCAUCGCCCAAUGAUCAGCCUGCAGCUAGCCACGGAACUGCCGGGUGGCCUUCAUCUUACGAGCCCGGCGCGCCUAUUCAGAACAACAUAGAGGUAUCAAUUCGCGUGCAAAUGGCAAAAGAGACAGAAGAUGCAGUCGGGCGGUCUCUGUCGCUCAUUGCAGGUACAUCUUUGAUGAACAUGCGUUGCUCUUUCCUUACCUCGGCUGCUCUUCUCGGUACAGUCUGCUCUUCCGUUGUGCCCUUUCUUGGAUAUGAUCGAAGAGUAGUGCGUGAUUACUUCGACAAACGAACCGAUAAUGGAACGGCACAUUCCUGCUUGACAGAGGCUGCUACGACUACAGUCGCACCAAAGCUCAAUCCAUGGGCUCCCCUGACGCCGGAAGAGAAUCUUUCGGUUUGGACUUUACUCCAUUCUCCAACGUCCGGUCUGAACCUUACUGAUCCCAAUGAGGCUGUACUAACAGACAACUACGUGUUCUGGAUAGAUGCGUUACAUACCAACAAGAGUGAGGUGCUACCGUACAUAGACGGUGACGCAGCGAUGCCUGCCAAAUAUGCGCGUGCUAUCAUCUUCGAAGGCGGGAAAGCUGAGCCAGACUCCCAGGAAUACAUGAUUGGCCCUCUGCCAGUAUCCUCAGAAACCGUCAUAGAGAAGUUGGACUAUCUUUACAAUGGUGGUGCUGGUGGUUCUGUGCCUUACAACGCCCGGUAUUUUGAUGGCCCAAGAUCAAGUGCGACGGAUCCACUCAUCGCAUCCAUCAUGUCGAACAUAUCAGACAUAACAGCUGCUCUCUUCCAAGGAGGUGUAUACUACGGGUCAAGUGACGAAAGGUCGAAUCUCUCGUUAACCUCCGGAACGCCCCUCUCUUUCGACGGUACUAGCGCAUUUCGCAACAUCAUGUUCCGUUUUCCAGGUCCAGCAACCUACAUGACACCUUUGGACUUCUAUCUUUUGAUCGACUGUACUGGCACUGAUCCUUCUCUCUACUCGCUGAAAGGAUUCGUUACAAACGAGAAGUUUUACCCUACUAUCGCAGAGUUGCGGGCUGCAUUCGAGGCAGGCGAGCUUGCUAUGGAAUACGACCAGACUCUUGACGCAAGUUGGGCCUUAGUCGACUACAAGCCAGAGUUGGGUGUGCGAGACCUCGAAGAGCGUUUAGCACCAAGCACUCUUGAGAUUGGUGGAAAGCGAUACAAACUUGACAAGGAGAACCAAUACGUUGAGUACAUGGGUUGGUCGUUCUACAUGUCAUUCUCACGGACACUUGGCAUCAUGUUCUACGACAUCAAGUUCAAGGGCGAACGCAUUCUAUACGAGCUGUCAAUGCAAGAAGCUACUGCGCAAUACGGUGGCAACCAGCCCAAAGCUGCUAAUACAGUAUACCACGAUACUUACUACCAACUCGGUACUGAGAUGGGUAGCUUGGUGGAAGGCUUCGACUGCCCAUGGGGAUCGACAUUCUGGAACAUCACUUACCCAUCUUACAACACAACGCGAGUCAACACUAACGCAAUUUGCAUCUUCGAAACCGAUAUGAAUUUCCCUCUCUCACGCCAUCGUACAGGUGCAUCCAACGACUAUGGCUUCAGUAAUCUCGGUAGCGUGAAGGGCGCUGGGUUAAUUGUCCGCGCAAUUGCAACUGUUGGUAAUUAUGACUACAUGUUCGACUAUUCCUUCCAUAUGGACGGCUCCCUUGAAGUAAUUGUGCGCGCAUCCGGAUACCUGCAGUCUAGCUUCUACUAUCCGGCACAGGCGAAGUUCGGACCGAGGAUCCAACAAGCUACCCAAGGCUCACUUCACGAUCACAUUGUUACAUACAAGGCGGACUUUGACAUAGUUGGUGCUGCCAACUCACUUCAAGUGUCGGAAUUGGUAGCCGUCAACCAAUCUCAGCCAUGGUUCCCCGAGCUCGGCGAAUUCGAACAAAUGGAGAUGAACAUCACAUAUAUGGGUGAAGAGCAACAGUUCAACUGGGCUCCCAACAACCAGGCCAUGUACGUCGUGUUGAACCCAAAUGCUACGAAUGCCUGGGGUGAGAAGCGCGGCUACCGUCUCGUACCCGGCCGUUCUGAUAUUCACCUCUCGACCCUCAACUCACCCUGGUCACUUAAAAAUUCCGAGUUUGCCAAGUCGCAUCUUGCCGUUACACGCCAGCACGACAACGAGCCUUUCGCCAACAGUGUCCAGAACAUCAACCUCCCCUUCGCACCGCAGCAAGACUUUAGCAAAUUCUUUGACGGCGAGUCAGUCGAAGCUGAGGAUUUAGUUAUCUGGUUCAACCUUGGCAUGCAUCAUUACACUAGGAGUGAAGAUGUACCUGUGACUUUGUACACGGAGGCGUAUUCUAGCAUCGUAUUUGCGCCACAAAACUUCUUCGAUAGGGCGCAAGAUGGAGAUUUGCUCAAUCGUAGAUGGAUCGAGAUUGAUGAUGAUGGAAACAUGACGUUUAAUGCAUACGGCGUGGGGCUCGAUGUUUGCCCGGUUGUCCUUGAGGAACCUACGGCCCUACUGGGUGGUGUUGGUGACAUUACAACUUCCGCAGGAACAUCGGCAAACACAGCCACCACUGUCCCAACCCAGACUUCACAUCCAGAAGCAAACGCCGGACCCUGGUUAAGCGCAGGGAAGAUCGCCGGAAUAGUCGUUGGCUCCGUCUUUGGCCUCAUCAUCCUCGGCCUCAUCAUAUACACUCUUCUCGCUGCUUCCCGUGACAUCAACGUAUGUGAUUGUUUCGGCGGCUGUUGUGGCAAACACCACGAUGACGAUGAAAACGGUCGCGAACGUUUACCUUCACGGUCAGACGACACGUAUCCGCCCCCGGAUGUCCUUCAUUCUGGUCCUGGAGAGGGCUACAAGGCUUAUCGUCCUGCGCGCCCGAGUGGCGAUAACCCACCUGUUCCGCUUCCCCUGAUGCUGCCGCAGCAGAUGGGGACGCAGCAGAGACGCGCGGCGAGACUGCAGAGGGGGUAUCGGGGUGUUGAGGUAUAG